AAACGUCAAUUUGAAACACGUCAAAAUCAGAUGUUUAUUUCUGAUUUUCGAGAAAGAAAAUCGUAAUUGCGAAAAAGUUAUAAUUUCUCUUAAUUUGUUGAUAUAAAAAUAUUAUAAAAUGAGUAAGGCAAAAGUAGCGUUGCGCGAUAUUUCGCCUGUGAUGCAAAAAUUGAGGGAUUUCCUUCUUGGAAGGAAACACACAAAUGCUUUACGCUUUGAGCCACUCAUCGCGGCAAGGACUCAGCCACAGCCGCAGAUCCCUGAUGGAUCGUCUCACAAGCACUCUCACAACUACUACUACACCAGGGAUGGCCGCCGUGAAGUGGCUCCCCCUAUGGAUUUGACCCAGCAGCUCCUAUCAGCUAGCAGUGACAAGGGAGCACCAAAGCAAGCAGCAAAUGUAAGGCCUACACCGGGCCCCGUGUACCAGUGGGACAAACACUAUGAAUAAAUGAACAGUAGCAAAUUAAUGGAAUAUCAAACAAAUGUCAGAUGUUUUAAGUUAAAUAAAGUGCAUGUAGUGUAA